UUCUUUCUCCCCACGCGUUAGAUUCCCGCGGAGAUUGUUGAAAAAGUGACUUGAUCAUGACGACCUUAAUAGUUUAAGAAAUGCAUAUAAUGAGCUCUUUCCGGGCACCUUGAUGGUGGGUCUGCACUACAAUACAGAUAUACAAUGUCUACUCCUUUGGGCAUCGAUGCCAUCGAGGUGGCCAAUUGCCAUAUCCAAGACUUUGACAAGAAGAAAGGUACACCAGAAAGCAUUCAAGCUAUUCAAACUGCACAUCGGUUACGGAUCAUAGAAGAGUGGCUGCAGGCUAAGCAGAGCAAAGACAUACAAUCUUAUUCAGUCAGCGAUCUGGAUCUCUCCUUACUUCAGGGAAACAUCUUAGACGUAGGUUGUGGACAAGGAGAUCAAACGGGCGCAAUUGGUGCAUUUUUGGCGAAAUACUGUCCUUCCUCUCACGUAUACGGUCUCGAUCCAGGUCCUGCAGAUUAUGGAGCCCCCUACACAUUAGUACAAGCACAGAAACAUAUCUGCGAUAGCAAAUUGGGCAACUUUGUCAGCUUUGAGAAGCCUGGUAAAGCGAAGGAAGGAUUGUCUAGGUAUCCACAAGCUCAUUUCACGACCUUGACAUUUUCACAUUGUUUAUGGUACUUUGAUGAUGAACAUGCAAUACUCGAUACAUUCUCUUCUGCAUUGCAGCAUGGCGUCAAGAAUAUCUUGAUCGCAGAAUGGGCUCUUAAUUCUUCACAAGAGACUGCUUCGUUUGCUAUGCCUCACAUUUUAGCUGCACUUUUACAAGCUCAUGCUCCUUUAUCCAACAUCAACAUCAAACUGCUCUUGAGCCCAGAUCAAAUCGUUCAAGCUGCAGAGAAAUCAGGCUGGAAAAUGGUACGCCAAUCUACCUUUUCUCCUGAUGCAAAACUUCAUGAUGGAAGAUGGGAAGUGGAUAUAGCAAUAAACGCAGCAGAAGAAUGGCUGAACAAGGUUCGUUCAGAGAGCGUUGGACAAGGUACAGACCCAAAAGAGAUAGUCUCCAUUCAAUCACAUCUCCAUGCACUUCGCCAAAGCUUACCUGCCUAUUCAAGUCAUAUAAGAUGUAUGGACGUUUGGACAUGUCAUUUGGUACCAAAUCAUAGAUAAACAGAAAUUUAUAUUAAUUAAUAUUA